AUGGCGUCAGAACACUCAAGGCCCCAUCGUGUUGCACCCUCUAGACGGGGCCAAGUAGACGUCGGGUCUCUUUUGCUGUUGCUUGGCGGCUUCUUUGCCGUCAUUGCCGCUUUGCUUGCCCGUCAUGGAUUCACUGGUCGCGAUCACGUGGUGGGCAUUGACUUGGGCACGACGUACUCGGUCGUCGCCAUUUGUCAGAAGGGCAACGUGACUUCAAUUGCAGACAGUGAUGGUUAUACAUUAGUGCCGUCCACAGUUGCAUUCCUGUCCAAUGGAGGUGUAUUAAUAGGCCGAAAGGCACGAGACCACGGCGCAACGGACCCUCGACACACUAUUUUUAAUGCGAAACGGUUCAUUGGUCGAAGGUACGAAGAAGUUCUAAAUUCAGAGGCUGAUGCAGACGGUGUGAUGCCGUACGAAUUCAGCGUCAAAGCGCUGCGAGACCACGACCACGAUGGAGUCUGCUUUGCAAUCAAUUUGGAUGGCCACCCUGAUUGCAUAACACCCGUUGAAAUCGGUAGCAAAAUCGUGCGGCAUCUUCGCGAUAUGGCACACCGCUUUGUUGGUCACGACCAGAUCACAAAGGCAGUUAUUGCAGUGCCAGUGGACUUUGAUGCGAAGCAACGUAACGACACUGUGGCGUCCUUUCGUGCCGCAGGAUUGGAGGUAUCUCGUGUGCUGGAAGAACCGACUGCUGCGGCGAUCGCCUAUGGCCUGCACCAAGACCCAAGCGUGAGUUUUCUGCUCGUUUUUGACUUUGGAGGAGGCACGCUGGACGUCUCGCUGCUCUUUGCUCGGAACGGAGCUAUUACUGUGCUCGACACGCUGGGAGACAAUUAUCUCGGAGGUGAGGAUUUGGAUGCACUGUUGGCAGCAUGGCUAGUCAAGGAAUUCGAAGCACAGCUUGGCAGCCCGAUUUCGUCACGUGGGACUGAUGCUGAUGGGCAUGGCAAUGACGAUAAAGAGCUGCCGUGUACACUUACUGGUGUCCGCCGUGCUGCCGAGUUCCUCAAGAGACAGCUUACUGAUGCUCCUACUGCCAGCGCCUCUUGUGUAUGGGAUGGCGCUGAAUCGCAGGCGGUGGCUAAGACUCGAGCAACAGUUGAAAUGACAAGAGUACAAUUCGAAGUGCUAUGUGGGUCGUUGCUGGAGCGCACAAUGAUUCCAGUGCGUAAGGUGCUUGAGGCCAACAACAUGGAAUCCGAAGAGAUCGAUGCAGUUGUAUUGGUAGGAGGCUCGUCGCGAAUCCCGUGGGUGCGCGAGCGUCUUACACUCAUGUUCCAAGGUCGCGCACCACUCUCGGACAUUGAUCCGGAUCUUGCUGUGGCGUAUGGAGCAGCGCGCACGCUAGAUUAA